AUGCUGGAUCCGUUGCCGACAAGCUGGCCCGACGCCCGUAUUAUUUUGCUCUCGCGUCGCCAGAAACGCUCCAAAGAGGAGGCCGCCAGGGCUCGACGCCUCGGGGUUUCGAUAGGCGAGUACUUCAACGACACCCACGUAGAUGGACGAGAGCACAAGCAGGCGCCCGUGCCCGAACCGGAUGCACGUCCCUCGGGUGGAACCACUGACAUUAGCGCGGCCUCCUUUUUCCGACGACGACUUCGGACAGACCGUUCCCUCCUGAACGCCGCUGCAACAGGUAGCCAGCGACGGCGGAAGAAACGUCCCGCCCUCGAUCCUCCUAAUCGAAGUCGGAAGGCACGCGACGGCAGCUGGGUAGCGGGAGACGGAGAGAAGAAGGCAACUAGGAGCGAUGACAUCUUGAGCGAUACCGACUGCAGCGACUACGACGAGGAGGGCGGCGGCGGCCUCGGCACGCUUACCCGCGCCGAGAGCCGGCUGAGCUCCGUGGCAGAGUGCCGGGAACACUCGCAGUUCGCCUGGCUCCACUUUCCGCACGUCGAGCUCGUGUUCCUCUUCUUCGCGUACGAGGGCGCUGUGGCGUCGCAGGUAUCCGCCCUCCGGGAGGCCGGCUGUCUCCCGGUGAUGAUCGCAGCGGGACUGGCCCUGGUCUUCUACCCAAUCCUGAUGUUCGUCGCCGUGUUGCGCACUUUCUUCGUGCGGGUGCGGCCCAACACGCCAAUCGUCUUCCUCUCCAAGGUUAGAGCCGGCUGGGAGGAGGACCACAGCCUGUUCGCGUGGGCCAACAAGGGGACGUGGGAGACGGCGGAGACGGACAACGAGGGGAUCCGGCGCGAAGGGCAGUGGUUCCGCAUCGGUUUCGAGCCGUUGUUCGUGGACUUCACUAAGUCCGGCGCGUGGUUUGUGGCCUUCACGCUUGUGGAGGGAUGCCUAGGCCUCGGCCAUGCUGUUUCAUUCCUACUGAUUUAUUUUGCGCAGUGGGCUGCCUUGGGUUGCAUCGGGGCACUCAUCGACGAGAGCGUGCUGCAGCUCUCGCUCUUCUGCGCUCUCCACACGCUGUCCUUCCUCCUGCUCGUCGUCUUCAGGCCCUUCGCAAAUAGACUUGAAAGAAAAACACAACGUGUUCGUUUCCUGGAUCGGUUGUAUUUCCGUGCUCACAGCGUCAUCAACGCCAUGGGUGCGGGCCUAGUGGGCAUCGAUGCUGUGUGCAUGGCCCUGCUGGCCGUCUCCGCCAGCCGCUGGGAGGGAACCGUGGCAGCAGGGAAGGUCGACUCGGCGGUGAUGCUGCUGCAGUUGUUCGCUCGCUGCGCACUGAUCAUUCCGAUCUAUAUUGACACCUCACUGAUGUUGAUCGAGGCGAUACGCAGCCGAUUGCAGAAGUGCACCACAACUGCACCGCAGCAUGUCCGGACAGAGGCCGAAAAGGUUGAAGACCUCUUCGUUCGGCACUUCAUCCGGCGCUCAUGGCCGCGCACGUGGUGCACCAUACUCGGCAAGAACAUUUUCGCGUGCGCGAGCGACACGAGCGAGGGCAUCCGCCCGCCCGGCACGUCCACGGCCGAAGACCGCCUCGCCGCAACCACCAUGCGCGCCGCGCGCACGGGUCCGUUCCCUAUGCCGAGCGCGCUGCGACUGGGAAGAAGGAGCAAGUCAUCGCCGUUUGGCUAGCGAGUCGCAAGGCGAACACGACGUACAGCCCAGCGGCUGGCGGUUAUGUGUCCGCAGUUGAUCGACAGGCAGUUGCGUGGAGCAUGUGAAGUCUAUGCCGACGGCAGUUCGCACAUGCAUCUGGAGAGUGAAGGCGUCGCAAGCAGUAGACCCAGGCACCUUGGGUGCUGUGGGACUCUGGCGGGGCGUUCCGAAUCGAUCAAGUCUUUUGGCACACAAGAGAGUUGUUCUGUCUACGGCGAAUUCCCCCCUGCCCUGAACGUGUAGUUCGACCUGUUUUGGGGGUGUUUUGUAUGUCAAACAUAUAGACUAGGUUGAAUUGACCCUUCUUAAAGUCGGACACUAUGUUUGUCUAUAGUCUACAGCACCCUCGUUAUAAAGUUUCCGUUGUGAUGGCAGCACGUGGGUGCUUGUCAAAGAGAGGAGCCUGCCGCUGACUCGUCUUACGGCCGUUUUAAACGGACCGACUUUUUUGUCAAAAUUUUCGACAUUUAUUUGUCUUUCAAAAACUUGGAACCUGUGUGCAGUCAUUUUAAUCGUGUGACGUGGACUUGUGCAACUUGUGUAAAAAAAAAUGACGCCGUCCGUGAGUUGUAGCGCUCACUUCGAGACAACACACACGACACAACACAAACCGCGGAAAACACGACAUCAUGGACACCGACAUGGAUAUCACGACCACCCAGCGUGGCCGGCAGACCAAAACCCCGGCGAAAUUCCAGCAGACGGGCUCUCUCGGUGCCGCCGUAGGCGGUGGAGGCUUGCUCUCCAGCAAGAUAGUGCUGCUGCCUGGCAUCUCGGGGAACACUCAUGUUACCACGGGAGGCGCUGCCGCCACCAACACUCAGAGCGAGGGUGGAGCAGUCCGCCGGCGAGGGGUGGCAACCACUGCUCCUACCCCCCCGGGAAAAGGAAAAAACAAAGCGGCGGACGCGAAGCAACAACUGCAAGCCAUCAUGGCGGACCGCCGUUUUUCGGACGACACAGCAACAGCAGACAGCAUCGUCAACGUUGGCAACAGCGACGAUAGCAAUAGCGACAGCGACAGAUGACUCACACACAACCCUAGCU